GAAAGCAAAAGGAGAAGGACGACGGGAAGGAUUGCAGGGGAGAGACGGGGGCAGAGGACAGAGGAAGGCAAACAUGAUGAGAGGAGAAGAGGAAGAAACCCAUUCCAGCUGUGUUUCUGCAACAAACAGAGCCGUGAGAACUUCUUCACAUUGAAGAAUUUUCCACUGCACAAGGGAACAUUUACCUCCAACAUUUUUACUCAGCAUCAGCAGUUUAUUUUUUAACCAGCUGUAAUUCAAACACAGCAUCUUAUUGUAACUAGUGAAACUACUGAAAUAGCACCAGGUUUUAGUGAAUAAGAAACCUUUUUGGUCUUUUUCUUUUUACUGUAUUUGUUUGGUGCAUUAAAAAGCCUCCUUCCUGCUUGACAAUUUGUGGACUUUAAACAUGAGCACAGACAACUUCACCCUGUGGGACAGCUUGUUGUUUACCCCUCUCUGCGAUGGCUGGAGCAACAACACAGAGGGGGCCAUCUACCAUUUGGGCAAUACUAUCCUGUUCCUGGGGUACAUGGGAGGCAGCGGGGCCUAUGGAUGCCUCUUCAUCUUUGGCUUCCUGUCUCCUGCUUUCCUGUGUCUCACGCUGUGGGGUUGGCUGACAAUGUGCAGCCUGGAUGUCUUCACCUGGAACUUGCUCCUUCUGCUGGUCUGCCUGUUUCAGGUCUGCCACCUCCUUUUCCGGCUGCACCAGGAGGGCAUACGUGGUGAGGAGUUGUCCUCCCUCUACCAGGCGGUCUACCUGCCGCUGGGUGUGCCCGUCCAGGUGUUUAAGGAGAUUGCGAGAGCUUUUGAGAACAAGGUGGUGGAGCUGAAGGCAGGAGAGAUGUAUGCUGUGGAGGGCAAGACACCAAUUGGCCAACUCUCCUUUCUGCUGUCUGGGAGGAUCAGUGUGUCUUUGGAGGGUCAGUUCCUGCACUAUAUCCACCGCCACCAGUUCCUCGACUCCCCUGAGUGGGAAUCGCUCAGACCAAACGAGGAGGGAAAGUUCCAGGUGACCCUGACAGCAGAUGAGGACUCCACAUACAUCUCAUGGCGUCGCCGCCGCCUUUAUAUGCUGAUUUCCAAAGAGCGCUACAUCGCCCGUCUCUUCUCUGUCAUGCUGGGAUACGACAUUGCUGAAAAGCUCUACAACCUCAACAACAAGCUCUACAUAAAGAGUGGCGUGCUGUUGGACAUCCGCCUGCCGAGUCUCUACCACGUAUUGGCCCCCUCGUCACAGGGCAGCGAGGGCGGCAGUGGCAGUGAUGGCGGCAUCGCCAAGCAUCAACCAGCUGAACAACAGAACCAAGAUCCAGCGCCGGCCUACCAGAUGUCUGACCCAGCCCAGUCUCAACCCCUCAAGCCCCAUCUACAGGGACCAAAGAUGACAGCCCCGGAUGCACCUCAGGCUUCUGAGCGUGACUGCUACCAGCACCCCUGGGCAACAGACCCGGAAAUGCCCUCUGGUGAGGACUCCACCAGCCUGGUCCUGGAGGACUUUACUGAUGUGGCGGGCUCCUUAAUGGAUUAUGGCAGUGAGAGGGAUUAUUUGAGGUAGAGGGGCAGGGUGCUGGAGCUAACACACUGGGUCACCAUUUAAGUUACAUGUAAGUACCUCACCUGGGUGGAAAGGGUUGCAUGGGGGCGGUUUGUGUGCAUGGAAAGCUUGCAGUGCACAGUUCUAACUAACCUGGCUUUGUAGUGCAGAAUGAGGCUGGGCAGUGAAUCUGCUCCUCCUGUAAAACACCACAUUUAAGUAGUGUAUUCACACAAAAGUAAGCUUCAAGAAAAAUGAUG